GUGGGACCCUUACGUCAUCACGUUGUUUAAACCUUGGGGAUAAGAUCUCCAUAGACUCCCAGAAAGGUCUACGUCACUACUCUGCGCCGGAAGACCCUGUUUCCACAAGCUCUUCCCUCAAUUUCUGCCGCUUCCCCGGUACCUUAAAGUCCGGGGAUAUGAGCCGGAAGAGACACCGCUUGGCCCCGGAGACUUUUGCAUUGAAGAAGCGGCGGGAGCGAGGGCCUGUAGAAGCGGAUCCUUUGAGGGGUGAAUCAGGGUCUGCACGCGCGGCGGUCGAGGAGCUAGUGCAGCUGUUCCCAAGAGGUCUGUUCGAGGAUGCGCUGCCUCCUAUCGUGCUGAGGAGCCAAGUGUACAGCCUCUUGCCGGACCGGACCGUGGCCGACCGGCAACUGAAGGAACUUCAAGAGCAGGGAGAAAUCAGAAUCAUCCAGCUGGGCUUUGACUUGGAUGCCCAUGGAAUUGUCUUCACUGAAGACUACAGGACCAGAGUCCUCAAGGCCUGUGAUGGCCGACCGUACGCUGGGGCAGUACAGAAAUUUCUGGCCUCCGUGCUUCCAGCCUGUGGGGACCUUAGUUUUCAGCAGGAACAAAUGACACAGACCUUUGGCUUCAGGGAUCCAGAGAUCACGCACCUGGUAAAGGCCGGAGUCUUCACUGUCCGUGAUGCUGGGAGCUGGUGGCUAGCUGUACCUGGAGCUGGGAGAUUCAUCAAGUACUUUGUUAAAGGGCGCCAGGCAGUCCUUGGCAUGGUCCGGAAGGCCAAGUACCGGGAGCUUCUCCUGUCGGAGCUCUUGGGUCGGCGGGCACCUGCCACAGUGCGACUUGGCCUUGCCUACCAUGUACAUGACCUCAUUGGAGCCCAGCUGGUCGACUGUGUCUCCACCACUUCUGGAACCAUCCUUCGCCUGCCAGAAACGUGAGGAUUCUGCUUGUCAUUGCACAUCUCCCAGAGUGGGGUGAGGGUCCUGGGGAUCCUGCCCAACAAUGACUGAUCCAGGGUCACCUUGGGAAGGCCUGGAAGCCAGGAAUGCUGCCGUGUAUGCUGCUGAGGUUCAAGCUUGGGUUCUUUCUUGUGGUAGGCUCUAGGCAAUAUUUAUCUGCCCUUCCACGAAUCUGGAGCCAGAAACUGUGCCAAGGCCACCAUGGCCACUGCCUAUCAGGAAAGAAGGUGCUAUUGUUCUAUGUUGGGACAGGAAGGUGGGAUUGCUGGGGAUGCUGGGGCAAGAGGGGUCCUGUGCCCUAUGUGUUGGAUUGAAACUGCUAAAUAAAAUACUCUGCUUUCUGAUA